UAAAUUUUUCUUUUCCUCCAUUACUCGAACUCAUACGCAUUCAUUUCUCUUCUGUAGGGGAGCAGGAAGUAGAAUACUACCAUGUGGUUCCUAUGGAUAAUAAUACUCGUGGCAUAUGGGACAUUAACCUGGCAAUCGCUGCUCGAGGCUUCCGCUCCGGCGGUGCCCUGCUUCGAUGAAGGAAACGGCGAUGAUUCGUCGAAUCCAAAUUCGUGGAGGUGCUACCGCCCGGCGGUCCGCGUCGGUGAGUCCCUCACCCUGCAGCUCGAGCUCUUCUCUUCGCCUUCCGGUAGCGGAGCUGCGGGUGGAACCAUCCCCCGGUGGACCCCCGUGGAGACGUGCCGCAUCGACCUGGCGGUCCCCCCGGUCGGGAAACUCCCCGGGCUCGUAACCGAUUCGAAAAAAGGAAGUGGAAUCGGAAGCAGCUCCGAUGGUUCCGCAAUGCCCAGUAACGGCAGCGACAACACCAAUGAAUAUCGGGACGAAAAAUCUUCAACGAAACCACAAGAGGGGAACCAGCGGUGUGAGGUGAUAUUUUCGAAAGAGGCACGGCAUAGAUCGAGUAUACAAUCCGAGGUCCAACCACUCAAAGCUAGGUUCGUGGUGCUUGCUCCUUUGGGAGGUGACAACAACGGUCGGGUGAAAAUCGAAACCAUGGCUCCCUUUUUCUUGACCCGCGUCGAAAAACGCGAUCCCAAUUCCAUCAUGAGAUUACUGAUGAGUAAUCCGAAUCCGGGGGCACCCGACAAGGACAGCGGAACGCAAGUGGAAACCUGUCGGUCCGAUUCGACCGAAAGCAACAAUUGUACCAUCGGCAGUAACACCGGAGACAACGACAGUAACAAAAUAAUGUGGAUACCCUUUGUGAAAUUUGGACGAGCCCCCGUACGGAUUCGAUUUGUGGCCGAGGAACGGGGCUACGCCUUUUUGCAACGGGCCGACGGGAUCCGCCUCAAAGCCUUGAAUUCCACUACCUACACCCCUUUGCUUUACGUCGACGAGCUCUCGCUGCAGCGGGGUGCACAAAUCGAGCUCGCACCCUUCGAAGCCAACAAGCCUGCCUUUGAGCUUCAAAUAAAGCUCGGAUCCAUCUCCCCGAUGGUAGAUACGCUAUAUCGACAGGUCCAGGACGCCUUCGAAACGAUCGAGGGUUCUUUCUUCCAGGGUAGCGAGCUGGACGAGCUUAGGUACUUUUUGCAAGAUGAAAACCUCUACCGCUUUGCCCUCACCAAUAUUAUAUCGACCCUGCACGUGUGGCUGGACUACCUGGCAUUCCGCGAUGAAGUUCGCUUCUAUCGCGGAAAGCAGAACCUGUCGGGGGUAUCCCCUUCAACUGCUGUUACGAAAAUGAUCUGCUCCAUGAUCAUCUUGCUGUACCUGAUCGACGGAGGAGGUACCAGCUGGAUUGUCUUAUUCAGCCUGAUAUUAUCCUUUGUCGUUGACGCUUGGAAGGUUCUUAAGUUGCUCCGGCCCACCCCCACAAGGAGCUUUCCGUUCGUGAAGAUCCGCGAGUUUGCCUCGAAACAGGAAGAAGAAAUAGCCGAGUACGAUCGCAUUGCCUGUCGUAGGCUAUCGAUGUUGAUCUAUCCGGUGGUGGUCUGCUGGUCCAUUUACGCGCUCAAGAACUACGAAUAUAGAUCAUUGUACAGCUGGUUCAUUUCAAACGCGGCGAACGGUGUCUAUACCUUUGGAUUCAUAUCCAUGUGCCCACAGCUCUAUGUAAACUACCGCCUCAAGAGCGUCGCCCACUUGCCCUGGAAGGUCUUUUUGUACAAGAUUUUUAGCACCUUUGUGGAUGACGCAUUUGCGUGGCUCAUCGAGAUGCCGCUCAAGCAUCGCCUCAUGACACUGCGGGACGAUGUGGUCUUUUUGUGCUUUUUAGGGCAGGUGUACAUGUACCGAGUGGAUAAGACCAGGAGCAACGAGUUUGGGUACUCGUACGGAGAAGACGAAGACGACACGUCCCAAGAGCUAAACACCACCGAAGGAACCGACAAAGCCUCUCCGAGUGAUUCAACAAGGAAGCACAGAAAUGAGGUUCCUAGCAGCAGCAAGCUCAAGGACGAAUAAAAGAUUGCAUAGACAAUGAUGGAUUGGUCAUCAGCCAUGCAAAUAGUGC